UCUUCAUCUUCCUUUUACUCUUAAUCAGGCUUGUUUUUCAAUUCCAUGACUUAAGGGUUCUCGUAUUUGCUCGAAAGAUUCAAGGGAAAAACUAAAGAGGAGAGCGAGCAAGAGAGAUGGAGGAGGAAUAUGUUAUGAUUGAUCUUGAUGAAGUUUCAAGGCACAUUGAGAUUCCAUCAGAUGCUCCUUAUACUUUAUCAGGUUUGGAUACAAUGAAUCCGGUGUUGACCAUUGAUGGCAAAAUCAAGCUGGUUGGAGAAUAUAUUGAAACAAUUGGUACAUGCCUUGCUUUCUCUGAAAAGGAAGAAGUUUCAGCAAGUGAAAACAAGAAGAAGAUAGUUGAACCUGUUGCAAAACUCCACAAGAUUCUUAAGUUUAGAUUAGCAGCAUUAGAAAAUGAUGAUGGAGAAAUAAAAACAAACACUUUGUAAAAGUUUUUCCCUUGUUCAAGUCACAAGUUCCUCGUCUCUUUCUACUAUC